AUGGCGCUCAAGUUGAAGCUAAAGGUGCUGUCCACUGAUUCUACCGCCCAGCAGCCGCAGCCGCAGAAACUGAAGCAGACACUGAAACUGAAACCGAAACCGAAGCUGUCGCCGCGAGAUGAAAAACAACCCAAGAUCCCCAAACUUAAAAUCAAAGCACCAAUCUCCUCUGCAGCAAAGCGGCCCCACGAGGCAGGACCUGGCGCUGAGGAUGGCGGCGGGAAACCAAAGAAGCUAAAGCUCAGCUUAUCCAAAAGCAGCCAGCCCACCAAGGACUCCAAGCUAAAGUUUGUGCCGCGGGUGAGAAUCAAACCAACACGAGUUCCAGGUGAAGGGUACGACUCGGAGGCACCCGACGUGGAGGACGACCCCUUGAUUGAGCAAGGGAUAGUGGUUCGGUUUUUGGACGACUCGAACUUGGACUUUGUGCACAAUGCCGUUGACUCGGGCGACUUGACGGGACUCAAUGUCAAGUGGAUCACCAAGGAAAAAGCCGUGGUGAAUGUCAACGGGACCUUGUACUCGGCACGGUUGAUCGACUUGCCCACAAUCACCGAGAUUUACAAGACCAUCGACAAGAAGAACAUAUUCAAGACCUUUGACGUCUGCCAGAUUCUUCUACUUCUCCACGUGAUAGACCCUGCUCUGUUGAAUUCCGAGAAAGAUUUUGAAGUGCCAGAAUCGUACCUUUUCGAGCAUCCAUUCUACAAGUACGUGAAGCGAAACGAGAUAAAGAAACGGCGGCUCGUGCACAGAGACGGAUUGCUUGGCCCAUUCAAAGAUGUUUACAGGCGGUUUCGGCCAACGAGGGCCGACCACCGAGUCAUCCUCGAUAUCGAAGCUCGUGUUGAUGAGCUAAUCAAAUUGGAUGAACAAGCUGAAGAAAGCCAUUUUGAGAUUGUGGACGAGUCGACGCAGUCGCGUUUUGGACAGACUAGCAGCGCAUCCUCAAGAGCUUCCACGCCUGCACCAUUUGCUGGACGUGGCAGCACAACUCCUCAGCCGAUGGAACAAGUGGAAGCCAGGACGCCAAAAGUGGAGACUAACGGCGAGGCACGUGAAGAUGAGGAAGAAGGGGACGAUUUUGAGCUCAAUUUGGAAGAAGAGUUGAACCGAGCCCUCGACGACGAAGAAUCUGCAUCGAUCCCCGCUGUCACGUUACCGGCACUGGUUGCAGACAUUCUCAAGGACAACGAGGGCGGAGAACUCGUUGUGGAAGGAGUGGAAGAGGAAGAUGGAGGUGAGGGAGAAGGUGAAGAUGGAGGCGAAGGAGAUGAGCAAGAAGAGGUAGGGGAAGAAGAGCUUUUUGGCGUGAUUGAUGACGAGGACGAAGAAGAGGGAGAAGAGGGAGAGGAGGAAGAGGAGGAAGAGGAGGAAGAGGAGGAAGAGGAGGAAGAAGAUGAAGAGGAAGACGACGACGAUGAUGACGACGAUGACGACGACGAAGAAGAUGAAGGCGGAGACGAUGGCCAGAACCGGGAGAGCUUGCUGCAUGCUAAAUUGUUGGAGGAGGAAAUCGCCGAGCUUGAAAAAGCAGUCGAGCACAAUAAGAAGAACUUGUCCACGGCCACCAACAAGAUGAUGAAGAUGAAGUUUCAAAGUGUCUUUAAUUCCUUGAAGGUGUCGUUGGAGCAAAAAAAGAGGGACUUGACAAAGGUACUAGACGAGCGCGACAACCAAUCCAAAAACUCCAACUCAAAGCCCUUGCAGAAGCAUGCUGAGGCCCAAGAAGAUCUAGAAGAUGAAGAAGAAGAAGAAGAGGAGGAUGGUGAAGAUGGAGAGGACGGUGACGGCGAUGGUGAGGACGGAGAGGAUGGUGACGGUGACGGUGACGGUGAUGGCGAUGGCGAUGGUCAAGGCGAAGGUCACGACGAGAUCAAAGCAGAGGCCAACUCGGACAUUGAUGAUUUAUUCUAG